UCCAUCUCCCUUAACAUGUUCUACCAAUAUAAAUGACAGAUAGAGACAUAGUCAUAUAAUAGUAUUUUUUGGAGGAAUGGAAGCCUGAAUUUAUGGGUGGUUCCAAGCACGAGACAAUAUGCUUGUAUUUGGUGUCCUUAAUUAUGUCUCUCUGUUAUUAACUUCCCAAUUCUCCUACAUAUAAAAUGUGCAUAGCUCAAAGCCUCAAACACCAAGGGUGAAGAGUAGCUCUCUAGUGCAAGAUCUUGAUAUUGAAGUCAUCGGAUUAUCCGAGGUAAUCUGACAACUCGAAGUUUUCAGGACGAGACAUAAAAUUUCAUCAUCAUUUCACACAGUCGAUCCCAGCCAAGUAAUCCUAUAUAAACUGAUCACAUGGACAAAAUUCAACAGCUGGAUAGGAAGAAGAAUAUGUCAUAUUGGCUUCAAAAUGUAGAAGAUCAUGAUCAUGAUGAGGUGAAAGGAGAAUCAAAUUUACCUUCAGUUCCUCAGCCAGAAACUCCACUGGAGCCAAUGGAAUUCCUCUCCAGAUCUUGGAGUCUUUCUGUGAAUGAAAUAUCAAGAGCUCUUGCUAAAACCCAGAUGCCACCAACACUCAAGAAUCAAUGUGUGAUUCCCGAGCCUGUAAUGACACAACACGUUCCCAACAAGAUUCCAAUUCCAUUUAAUAGUCGCAAAACUGGAGCAAUUGGGAGAUUGUUUAACCAUAAGGAAUCAAACUAUAGCAGCACAUCAAAGAAGAAAGAAAAGGCGCGAAUGGAAAAUGCACAUAUGCACACAGUUCUCUCGGUUGCUGGACUAGCAGCAGCCUUGGCUGCUGUCACUGCGACAGAAAAUUGUGGCUCGAAAAUGAGCAUAGCCAUGGCAUCAGCCACAGAGCUCUUGGCCUCAUACUGUAUUGAGCUGGCCGAAUCUGCGGGAGCUGGCCAUGAUCAUGUAGCCUCUACUGUUAGAUCUGCUGUGGAUAUUCGGAGGGCAAGUGAUCUAGUAACUUUGACAGCAGCUGCAGCAACUGCUUUGAGAGGGGAAGCAGCUUUAAAAGCAAGAUUGCCAACAGAAGCAAAGAGGAGUGCAGCUGUAAGUCCUUAUAGAAAAGACAUAGUAAAUGCUCAUUCUACUGCAACUUUUGUUAAUGGAAUUGAAGAAGAAGAUACUCCUUGUGUAGGAGACUUACUACAACACUCAAGUAAAGGUGUGCUAAGAUGGAAAAAUGUCUCUGUUUACAUCAACAAGAAAUGCCAGGUUAUAAUCAAGUUGAAAAGUAAACAUGUUGGAGGAGCCUUUUCCAAGAAGAAUAAAUGUAUUGUUUAUGAAGUCAUUGAUGAGAGUGCAGCAUGGCCAUUUAGAAAAGAAAGGGACAACAUGGAAUUGUACUUUGGGGUGAAAACUGCACAAGGGCUUUUGGAAUUCAAGUGCAAGAACAAAAUUCAUAAGCAGAAAUGGGUUGAUGGAAUUCAAAGACUUCUUCAGAGAACAAGUUGCAUUGAAGAAACUGAGCACACACUAAGAAUGUUGAAUAUUAAUAAGAGCAAUUAAUCACUUUUGGACCCAUAGAUUUUCUGUUAAUUUCUUACAAGUAAUUAUAAGUUGCUCAUUGUAAUUCAAAAACAAGUAGUCUUUGCUUGCAAAAAUUGUGUCCAAUUCUGUCAAUAGAACUAGAAAUUAUGUUAGACUGAUGUGUGUAAAAAUACAGUAAAGAGUGUUUUCAGUUGGUUUGCA